AUGAAGUUCGCCGCUGUCGUCGCCGCGUUCGCUUCCGUCGCUGCUGCCGCCCCCAGCGGAGUCAAGGCCUCGAUGGCUUGCACGCCCGGUACCUAUGCUUGCACUAGCGAUGCCAAAGGCUGGCAGGUCUGUACCAUCUACGGCCUGUCCGGCAACAUCACCGGCCAGCCUGGUAACAUCACUGGCCAUUUUGUGUUCGCUGGUACUUGCCCUUCCGGCACCUCAUGCCAGUUCCUCCAGGCCAGCAAAAGCCCUUACUGCGUUCCUCCUGGCUUCAAGCUCCCUCAAGGUUCAAGCCAUUAA